AUGUUAACGUUCAUAUAUGGCGCCGCCAUAGCUUGGCUCUCAGCCAGCUAUCUACAGCUGCAGAGUAAAAACAGUCGCUUGCUAACUGGACCACUGAGCAAAUCCGAGCUGGGCUGGAUAUCUGCGGCAUUGGCGCCAGGCGCAUUUUGCGGCAGCAUCUGCUUGACCUGGCUAGCUGACAAGCUGGGACGCAAGCGCUGCCUGCAAUUCUUAGCCCUGCCCAUGCUGCUGUCUUGGCUACUGAUUGCCACAGCACGCUAUCCAGUUCAACUGUGUGUAUCACGUUUUCUUGCCGGCUGCUCUGGCGGCACCGUCUUCUCCGUCAUACCCGUGUACGUUACAGAAAUAGCUGAGAAUCGUCUACGCAGCACUCUGGGCACCUUUCUCGGCUUAAGCUGCGGUUUGGGCGUGCUGAUCAUCUAUGUGCUUAAUUAUUUCUUCGACUAUGUGCACGUUGCUUGGUUUAUGUGUGGACUGCCUGUGCUUUUUGUCUGCUGCUUUCAACGUAAUCCAGAGACAGCACAAUAUCUGGUUAAAGCCGACAAGGCAGCAGCAGAGCGAUCGCUUUGCUUUUAUCGCGGUAACUGCGCUACGGACAAGGAGCUGACCCAACUAUGCGAGCCACUGCAGAAGGUGGAGAUUGUCUAUGCUGCAGCUAAGGCGCCAGCCAAGUCUAAGACGCGCAAGGCAUUCUUCAUUGGCCUAGGACUAGUGCUCACGCUUGAGCUGUCUGGCUGCAUUGUCAUGAUGAGUUUCGCAGCCAUAAUCUUCAAUAAAGCUGGCUCCCAUUUGCCCGCUAUGAUCUCGGCCAUCAUUGUGAGCUCUAUAUAUUUGAUUGGCUGCUAUGUGGCUGCGCUGUUUGUAGAACGCGCUGGACGCAAGACCAUGUUGCUCUGCUCCAUCUGCGGCAUCUGUGUGGGCGAAAUUAUGAUGGCCAGCUAUUAUCAGCUGACUGCCAUGGGCUAUGACACUCACGCCUUCAACUGGCUGCCCGUCGCUGGCUUCUCCUUGAUGGCGUUCACCUGCGCCUGCGGUGCCACAUCUGUGACAUAUGUGAUUCUAGCCGAGAUUAUGCCGCCCAAGCUGCGAGUUACUCUUGUUAGACUGGAAAUGUCUAUACUAUUCAUAUUGGCCAGCAUAAUUGCUUUUAGCUUUACAUAUUUGAGCGCGUACUUGGGCAUGGGCGGACUUAUCUUUACGUUUGCUGCAUUCUCAUUUAUUGGCGCUGUAUUUGUUCUAAUCUUUGUGCCCGAAACCAAAGGUAAAUCCAUCGAAGACAUACAAGAGAGCCUCUAACUUUUAUGUCUUUCAUCACACAAAAUAUAAUUGUUUAUUGUUUACCAUUAAAAUCAUUGACGAACGUUAGAUCUGUUUAUUAUUUCUCAUAUUCUCGCAUCAUUUACAGUUUGCUUUAGGUUUUAGUACUCAUAAUGAAUGUAAGUAAUUGAAUAUUAUUUUUGGUGUUGGCCGCUUCCCAUCAUAUUAAAAAUACAAUAUAUAUAUAUAUAUAUGUAUAUGUGUAUGUGUUUGUGUAUAUACCGUAAGUCGUAUGCAUGACAUAGGACCAGGUCAUCUGAUUAGCUAGUGGGUGGUGCUCUCUAAGCAACUUGACAGUAAGUUGCUCGAGUUUCGAAUUUAAAUCGUAGUUGGUUAAAUAAUAAAACGAAAAAAUAAACAAAGCUAUUAAAUAUAUGUGUAUAUAUAU